UGUAUGGUUAUUUAAUUAUAUAUCAUACUAUUUUACGCAAAAAAAUGUUCAUCUCAGAUAUUAAUGCUGACAUAAACUUAGCUGUUAUUAUUAAUGAACGCUUUGUCGAGACUCUGCAUAUCCGAUUAAUAAGUAUUCGUGUAUAAAGUUGGGCAAUACAGGAGUCAUCGUUCCUUACAUUGGACAUUUUGUUUAUAUCUGAUGCUACAGAUGCAAUUAUUCUCCGCGAUCGUCCAAUAUCAGCCCAUUGAAUUAAAUAACGCCAACGAUGGAGAGUGUGCCCUACUGCUAAGCGGCCCAGGGCGAAGUAGCCAGUUCGAUUACACAUUCAACUUACUCAGGGGCACCAGCCUAGAUUAUAAUGGUCAGCAAACCUGCAUAACAUACGAUGCCGUAAAUGCAGCAUAUCUAGAGGCUAGAAAAAGAAUUCCAAUCGCUCAACCACACGGUGACUGGAAAGGAGAAGACGUAGCUACGGUGGGCGAACUACUCUUGGACGUGUCCUUAAAUUUGGCUAGAACGUACGGUUUAUCUUACGAAGACAUAGAAAAAGGUCUGCCUCUUAUCGACACUAGCAAGACUUUAAUAAGGGAGGUAUGUCCCCCCUAUCUCUCAAACGUAGAAUGUCGAGCAGGAAAGUAUCGGAGGUAUGACGGAUUGUGUACAAAUUUGGAACAUCCCACAUGGGGAGCUACCCAUACACCUUUUACCAGACUGAUGGGUCCAUUGUUCGCCGAUGGAAUGUCCGAACCCCGCAUCAGUGUUACCGGAAGGAAUUUGCCCUUAUCGCGUGUGGUUUCCCGGACUAUGCACCCAGACGAGGGCUUUCACGACCACGCAGGCACCGUGAUGAUCAUCGCUUGGGGCCAGUUUAUAGAUCACGAUUACACACUUACCGGUUCACCGUUGGAUCCAUUUAACAGAAACGAUCCUGAGGAGUGCUGCGGUAGGCCGCCACACUUAAAGCAUCCCUAUUGCAAUGAAAUCCCCAUCCCAGACGACGAUUAUUUUUAUAGCCUGUUCAACGUCAAAUGCAUCAACUUCAUAAGAUCUUUUCCUGCUGCCAGGCCUGGUUGCAGGCUAGGUUCCAGGGUGCCAUUUAAUACCCUUACCGGAGUUCUGGACGCCAACACCGUAUACGGAGUGACGGAACACUUUGCAAGAAAACUUCGCGAAGGACAUGGAGGUCUCCUAAGAAUGAAUCCAGCGUUUGCAGAAUACGGAUUGAAAGACCUACUUCCUCUAAAACUUGAUAUACCAGAUGAAGGUUGUACUAGACCAAAUAGUACCAUGUUUUGCUUUGAAGCUGGAGAAAUUAGAGUAAACGAGCAACUAGUACUCACGUGUAUGCAUACCUUGAUGGCCCGUGAGCACAACCGUGUCGCGAGAGAACUGGCUCAAGUGAAUCCCCACUGGGACGACGAAACUCUAUUCCAGGAAGCCAGGCGAAUUAAUAUUGCUAUAAUUCAGCACAUCACCUACAACGAAUUCUUACCUAUAUUGCUAGGAAAAGAGGUUAUGGAAAAGUUCGGAUUGUUGCUGGAAAAACACGGUUACUGGGGUGGUUACGACCCUAAUGUCAAUCCCAACGUGAUUGAUGCUUUUGCAGCGGCAGCUUACCGAUUUGGUCACUCGUUGCUACCUACAGCAGUGGAAAGGUGGAGCAAGGCACACAAGUUUAUCGCUUCUAAACGACUUUCCGACUUGAUCCGCCGCCCCUAUGACCUGUACCGAGCUGGUGUACUGGACGAAUACAUCAUGGGACUGAUGAACCAAGUAGCACAAGCCAUGGACGAUUCCAUUACCCAAGAGGUCACCAAUCAUCUUUUCAAAAAGGUCGGCGCCAGAUUUGGCAUGGAUCUGGUCAGUUUUAACAUGCAGCGCGGUAGAGAAUUCGGAAUUCCCGGUUAUAUGGAGUUUAGAAAGUUCUGUGGCUUGCCUACCAGCGACAACUGGGACGACAUGUUCGGCACCAUGCCCAACGAUACCGUAGCGAAAUACGCGUCAAUAUUCGAGCACCCGGCCGAUAUAGACUUGUGGUCAGGAGGUGUGUGCGAACGCUCCUUGCCGGGAAGCAUGUUGGGGCCGACUUUUGCUUGCAUAAUAGCCACGCAGUUUAGUUAUUCGAGAAGAGGUGACAGAUUCUGGUACGAACUUCCAAACCAACCUUCGUCGUUCACUUUAGAACAACUCGAAGAAAUUCGUAAGGCGCGAUUGGCUAGAGUUAUUUGCGACAAUACGGACCUGAUAGACACAGUACAAAUGUAUCCGAUGGUACUUCCGGACCACGAAAUCAAUCCACGAGUGCCUUGCCGCAGCGGCAUCAUACCAUCAAUGGACUUUUCCAAGUGGGCGGAAUUCCCCAGCUCAGGGUUCUUCGGUAGUAUAAGAAAAUGAUAUCAAACGUCUUAGGUUGCCAUAGACAAUUAUUUAUUCUGUAAAUAAAGACUGACUACACAGGUCGAACUCAUAUGAUCAAGAAACGCGCGGUGUCCCGUUUUGAUUUUUGAAAAAUUGCGAAAAUUCUUGCUCUCGAUGUUGUUGAGACUUGACCACACGUUUGUAAAUAUAGUUAUCAUUUAAAAGUAAAAUAGCAUUAUCGUACACAAACUGGACUGUUAGGUACCGGGCAACUAACAAUCUUCUUCGAUUCAUGCGCUCUCCUCACUAAAAUUGGCGAACCAAAUGCCAAUUGUAGCUUUGGAAACUGCAGCAUGAAUAAUUUCUAUAGACGAUCUUUUUACCUGUGCUUUUCUCUCAAUUAUAAGCCGACGUAAUUUGUAUCUCUCACUUGUUAUCAUAUCACAAAAAUAUUAAACUUAUGAUGGUGUUCAAUAACUCUCGUUUAUGCAAUACCCCAUCAUUACUGAUUCGUUGCAAAGUAUUCGUCUGUAAAGCCUCCCACAGACUUCGGUUUGUUUUGUCUUUUCUACUCGCGGCGAUUCAAAACGAUUUGUCAAAUCGCCGGACUCUUUUGCUCACACAUUUCGGUAAAUUUUAACAGUUUUAAGCUCAAGAAAAAAAAAACAAGAACCAUUUGGUCAAAAGAAUGGCUAUUAAAGCGAGAAAGGUGUUCCCAAAUCGAUUUAAUAAAUGAAUUUAAAUUGA